AUCGCAUCGAAAAGCGACAGGCAACAACAUGCACCGAACGACCGGGGUCUCUUCUCACCGUGAGCCGACAGGGAAGAAACCUGUCCUCCGAAGCGGUACGUGUGUUUGUGCCGAUCGUACACUGUGUUGUUGUUCUUCUGGCCAAGCAUUGCCAGCGCACAGCCGCUAGCUGGAAUACACUCUUCAGUAGAGAUUCGUCCUCCGUUCAACGUGGUGCCGUGGAAUUUAGCGUGUGUGUUUUCUCGUUCGGCGUUCGUCAAUUUUGGCUUCGCGCAUCAACGUGGUGUUUCGCGUGUGUUUUCGUUCCAUGCGUACGCGUGUGACGCCCGGCCACAGAAGGCAAAUAGUUAUUCGGCUGAAAGUGCAGCAUCAAAUAUUGAAUUAAUAAAUAAACACGGGACGACGGUGCGGGUUAGUUGCAUUGGAAGAAAGCGUUAUAAACGAACGAAGUGUUUUGGAAGCUAAUCAAUUUAAGUGCAGUUUGUGCGAUUGUGCUGUUCACCGCUCUCGAAAAGAUAAGAGUUCAAUCAAGUGAGUCACUGUUAUUGACGGUGUUUUAAGAAAUGCACAUGAGCACGUAGAAUUGAAAAUUGUUUGGUAACUUUCGAGUAAUCGGUUUGAAGUAUGUGAGUCGGUGUAUUAUUCAAAAUUUUUGUAGAAGCUUUUGGAAAAAUCAGUCGUUCAAAAUGAUUCGAUUCAGUGGAUGCAAUUGAUCAUCCGUCAGUGAAUAAGAAAUGUGUCUGUCGAUUGACAGAAAAUAAUGUAUCAGAUGUAUUUCAAUUGAAAAUUAGCGAUGACUUAUUGCAUCAUAUGUGAAUGUGAGAAUAAAAUCAAAUAUUGUGUUGAGUAGGGUGCUAGGCAGUAGCUGUUUCAAUCGGUGGUGUUCUGAGUACUAAUGAGUUCGAAACCAUUACAACUGCUUGCAAUGGCUAGGUGAUAUAGUACCGUAAUAGAAACUUCGUUCCGAUAUUCUCUCCCUGUACGAAUCGCAACCUUGUUGUUGGUGUUCCGCUUACGUCCGUAAGAUUCAUAAUUAGUGCAAUAAGAAACGGUCUUGGCAAAGGCGGUAGGACCAUAGCCAACGAUAAAAUCCACAUUAUCCUGUCCAGAACCAGAAUCACACAAGUGAGUUAAAAUCGUAGCACGAAACCUAAUCCGGGUGCCACAUACAGACGUAAUUCCCGAAAAUAACAGUUGUCUCCCAAGCUUACCAUCCACUUCGGGAAGUUCUGCGUGUGUUUUUCUGACACAAGUCGGUGGUCUACCAGGAAAAGUAAGUGAAAACUCUCUCGUUCAAAGGGGGAAAGGAGAUUUCGAGCGGAAAAAAGUAGAGUGCAGUGAGGCAGACAGCGAGAAGGAUUAAUUUCCAUAAAUCAAAUAUGAUUAGCCACCAGUCCGGAAGAAUUCGGCCUUCAUGCUGCAGACCGUGAAGGAUUCGUCGGACGAAAGAAAAGGUUCGUAAUCCCGUCAUCAGUUUGUAAGAAUGUGACGACUAAUUGUAACAUAAUGGAAUACAAGCACACCUUGAACCCGACCACCGCGACUCGAGCCCAGUUCCACCAGCAGCAUCAGCAGCAGUACCAUCAGUUUCAUCACCAGUGUCAGUGCCAGUGCCAGCAGUCGAGCCCGGUGAGGGCUUAGCAGUUGUUCGGCAACAUUCGAGCAUUAUCCCGGUUCCGUGCGCCGCAGUGCAGCAGAUCUUCUACGCGAGAUACAAAAGACUAUGAUCAACCGGCACUGUUAGCAUAACGAACGAGAAUUGAGAUAAUCUACGACACCUGGCGAUUCUCAGAUACCAACUCACACAUACAUACUCAUACUCACGUGACAGCACCAACGAAAUAAAAUCUUCAAGAUGCUAUGCCAAGUUAUACACAUCACACUGGUUCCAGUGCUGCUGCUGGGUACCUUCCUGUUACCCACUGGUCAUGCCGGCUUAGCCAACUGCCCCAUAGGGUGCCAGUGCGAUGACGACACCCUAGUAGUGACCUGCGGUGAAGGCCAUCUGGACGUUUUACCGAUAGUUCUGAAUCCAUCGCUUCAGCGAUUGGUCAUUAAAAACAAUAAAAUCAAAACCAUUGACUCGUCAAUGCAGUUCUAUGCCGAACUUACAUUCCUGGACCUGAGCUACAACCAUUUGUUCAACAUGCCGCCACGAACAUUCGCUUACCAGAAGAAACUUACUGAGCUGCACCUGAAUCACAACAAGGUGGGCUCUAUUUCGAACAAAACCUUCCUCGGAUUGGAAUCGCUUUCGAUCCUAAAUCUCCGGGGAAACUUUCUGGAUGAGCUAACGGAAGGUGUAUUCUUCGGUUUGAAAAAACUUGAAGAGCUCAAUUUAGGUCAGAAUAGGAUUGGAAAAAUUGACUCGAAAGCGUUCGAGGGUUUGACAAAUCUGAAGGUUCUGUAUCUGGACGACAAUACGUUAAGCGCCGUCCCAUCAACGGCGUUCGGACCACUGACCAGUUUAGCGGAACUUUACUUAGGAAUAAAUUCGUUUACCACCAUUCCGAAGGAUGCAUUUGUGAAGCUUAAUAAGUUAAGUCAUCUGGAUUUGAAAGGAGCGGCUCUUUCCAAUGUUACCAGCGAGAGUUUCAAUGGAUUGGAGGAUUUAAGGACACUGGAUUUGUCGGAUAACCGAUUGAAUCGGAUACCGACCACGGAGCUAAUGUCGUUGGUUCGGUUGGAGGAACUGGCAUUAGGACAAAAUGACUUUGAUAGCAUUUCGACAGCGGCCUUCGCGGGAAUGAGCAACCUUAGAAAAUUGGACAUAUCAGGAUCGUUAAAACUGAAUAGAAUCGAUGGUGGAGCAUUUUCGGCUAAUGCAAAUCUCGAGGAAAUCGUUAUAGCGUCAAACAAAGCCCUAACGGAAAUACACGAAGGAGCCCUGAGUGGAUUGCCGCAUCUGAAGCGACUAAUACUGAAGGACAAUGCCCUGACGACUCUAUCGGAUGGGUUGUUCUCGUGGAAUGAACUGGUAGAUUUGGACCUCUCUGAGAACCCCAUAGUUUGUGAUUGUAGAAUCCUGUGGCUCCGGAAUGUGCUAGUUAAUAAGAGUAACGGUAGUCAGAAUCAGAUUCCGGUGAUAUGUGCCUCACCGGACAGGUUGAGGGAGCAAGCUCUGCAAGUCUUAUCGCCAGAUCUUCUGGGAUGUUCCCAUACGGAUCCUAGACAGCAAGCGAUAAUUUGUGCUGUGCUAGUGGCAGCUGCGGCAAUUCUGACAACUUUGGCACUAGUGCUCUACAAAUGUCGCAGGAGAAUUCGAGAAGUAGUGAAAGGUGGCUGGGGAAACAGUGCCAUUGGUCGAAAAGAGCGUGAGUAUCAGAAAACCUUCUCCGAAGAAGAUUACAUGGGACGACAUUCGAACCCGUGCGGUUUGGGAGUGCAUCCAACCACAUUGAACAACUACCAAAUCAACAACCAUCACACACAUGGAAUUCGGCACAUACCGGUAACGGAACUAUAGCUAGAGGCUCCCCCUCCACC